AGUUUGGCUUCAACUUCGUCUGAGUUUCAACGGUGGAGCCGCUGAGCCAAGGACGAAGCCCGGAGGAGGAGGAGGAGCAGACCGGGCGGCAAAUGUUAGUAACCUGUUAGCAAGCUUUCCACUACAGAAGAAAUUAAUUUUAAGAAGGGGAAAAAAGUUUUAUGGAAAUAUUUUUGUGGGCGUAGAUUUAUAUGAAACCUACCCCGCCGGCUUGAGCCGGACUUUUCUGUCUCGUCCCGCAGCAACACACCAUGGAGACCGAGCCGCUCUUCCGCGGCGGCAGCUCGUCCUACGGCGCGGACGAGGAGAGUCGCCGGUCGGACUCCUCGGGGUUCCGGAGCACCAUCAGCCGCCAGAGCAGCAGCAGUAACGGCGGGCAGCUCGAUGACCUGUGCAUUCAACAAGCUGCUGUGUUUAUUGAGGAUGCAAUCCAGUAUCGUACCAUAAAUCAUCGAGUAGAUUCCCAAUCUUUACAACUUUAUCGAUGGUACUACUCAAAGACGUGUCAGGGGGUUCUGAAUACUACUAUUUUUGUGAUUUUGAUCUUGGCCUUCUUUGAGAAACCUUCAUCUUUGAGUGUUACAUCUGAUCUCCGAUUCCGUCAUAUACUUUGGGAGCCUCCUUGUGGACUAACUGAAGGGAUUGAAGCUUUUUGUCUUCUCAUAUUUAUAAUAGAUGUAAUAAUAAAGAGCUAUUUAAUUGGAUGGGAAGAAUUCCGGAAGACAAAAUGGCUGAUUGCUUACACUCUUGUACUUGCUGCUUCCACUAUAGAUUGGACUGUCACCCUGUGCUUGUUUUGUGAGGAGAGGGUCAGAGUGAGGAGAAUUUUACGGCCCUUCUUCCUCCUCCAGAACUCGUCACUGAUGAAAAAGACUUUAAAAUGCCUCCGACAAACAUUGCCACAAAUUGCCAGUGUUAUGCUGCUUUUGGCCUUGCACCUGUUGCUGUUCACAAUGAUUGCCAUGUUGCUGUUUGCCCGAGCUCAGAACCAGAAAGAUGAUGAAGAAUGGAAGACCUAUUUUCGGAAUUUGCCAGAGUCUUUGACCUCUUUAUUAGUGCUGCUAACAACCGCCAACAAUCCUGAUGUGAUGAUACCAGCCUAUUCAGAAAACAGAUUCUACGCACUGUUCUUCAUUACCUUCAGUGUUAUUGGAACCUUCUUGCUAAUGAAUUUACUAACGGCUGUUAUUUACAAUCAAUUUCGUGGAUAUUUACUAAGUUCCAUUCAGACAUCCGUUGUGCGAAGAUGCUUGGGAAUUCGCGGUGCAUUUGAGGUGCUUUGUUGUGGUCGUGCAACUAAAGCUGGAAGAAGGGGUUCUUUGAGAAUGACAGUAAGCACCAACACAGUGCUCCAAGUCCUGCAGAAAGUAACAAUGUCUCCAAUGCACAAGCAAGAAAUUAUUAAGCAAGCCAAGGCAUACACUCAUGAUUGUGUUACAGCAGAACAGUUUCGAGUCCUCUUUGAUGAAUUGCAAAAGGAAACCAUGAAAGAGCACCCACUAAAGCCAGCAUAUCGAUCACCGUUCCUGCAAAAAGUGCAGACUCUGCUAUGCCACCGCUACACUGAUUACUUUGGAAACCUAAUGGUUACGGUGCACUUGACUUGCAUAUUUGUUGCAUUGGUGCUUGAUGCAGAGAAACCCGUUUCUGAGCGUGAUGGGUUCUUUUCUGGGGUUGUGAAUGGUUCCUUUGUCCUGUACUAUCUAUUGGAAAUGGCAUUGAAAAUUUUUGCUCUAGGCAUUAAGGGUUAUUGUUCGUACAAAAGCAAUCUAUUUGAUGGGUUGCUAACUCUCAUUCUAAUGGUUCUACAGCUGUCAUCUUUUGUACAAUAUGGCUUCCCUCAUCCUGGAUGGAAUCCAGAUUUGCAUGGGCUGCUCACUCUUUGGGAAAUUGUUCGACUGGCAAAUAUGCUCAUUGUUUUCAGAUUCCUUCGGAUCAUUCCCAACGUCAAGUUGAUGGCAUUGGUUGCUAGUAGUCUUCUUGAUCUGAUUAAGAAUUUGAGAGCUUUCGCUGGAAUUCUUGCGGUUGCAUAUUAUGUGUUUGCAAUUGUUGGUGUAGUACUUUUUAAAGAUAAAAUACCAGCUCCCUAUAACUCUACAAAUUCAAGUCUGAAUGAAGACACUUCAGAAAACAUAACACUCCAGUGUGGUACUUAUGAACAACUGGAUUAUUGGCCCAACAAUUUCAAUGACUUUGCUGCUGCUUUGGUUACCCUAUGGGAUCUAAUGGUGGUAAACAACUGGCAGGUUUUCCUGGAUGUUUUUUCAAGAUAUGCAAACCCAACUUCAUUCAUAAAUGGGAUCGGAGCUACCAUCCGUCUUUCUCUGAUCAGGAAUCUGAGUAUCAGAUGAGUGUGCAGGAUAUGUUCAGGGAUGAUUUGGAGGAACCAACUGAGGAAGAAUUGUUGGAGAGACUUCGACAGCAUCCACACCUCCAUUUACCCAAGGGACCCAUUUAGUCUUUUCUCCACAGCAUGAGAACACUUUGCACAAAUCCCAGAAAGGGGUCAUAUUCCAAAUGGCUCACACCUGGUUUGGCUGUUGUACCAACUGCUGACCUUAACAAUAGUCUCCAGAACUAAAAGAACAAACUGAGUUGUCUCAACUAUUAAUGAUAGCCCUCAAUUUCCCACAGUGUACCAUAUAGUUUGUAAAUGCACUUGAUUCUUUUUAUCAAAUAAUUGAGAUUUUUUAAAACACUUUUUCCUGGUCCAUAUUUUAAUGCUGACAGUACUUUAACAGUCAUGCUUUCCCCAAAAUGUCAAAGGAUGGGAGAAAUGGAGAAAAAUUUUGGUGCAACAAAAUGUGGCUGUAACACAUUAUACUCUGAAGAUUUAUCAAAUACACCUGUGUCUAAUUCACACUUGUUACCAAUUUCAUAGUAUAGAUCAGGGUCUUGGUAUUUUUCACUAUUUGUGACUUUCAGUUGAACUAAAACACUGCAGUGGGUGAAAUUUGUUUGUAAAGCCACUUAAUGAAUAUACUCUGUAUCAUUUCCAGAAAUGUGCUUUUGGACUUGUAACAUGUGGAUAACACUUAGAAAAAUACAAUACUUGAAAUGACUUGUGGUCAAACUUGGUCAGAGAAGGGUAAGUUCUUUUGUAUGAUGUGAA